UUUCACUAAAAUCGUUGGACUAAUGGACCUGAUUGUGAAACACUGUUUUGACACCAUUAAUCAUCCAUACAGAUUACACACUUGUCCGCUUCAUUGCUUUUUCCUGCUGUGAAUUAGAGCAGCUUCUUUGUCUGUCCAGUAUGUCAUUGCUCUCUGUCCCACCACCACAAUGUCUCUUACAACCUUUUGCGGUCCCGCACCGGCUUCUGCUGGGACCGGGGCCCUCCAACGUGCCUGCUCGGAUUGUUACAGCUGCAUGCCAACCGAUGUUAGGACACCUUCACCCCGAGACUAUAGAGAUUAUGGAUCAGAUCAAGAGUGGGAUCCAGUAUGCCUUUCAGACUAAGAAUCGCAUGACUUUGGCAGUGAGUGGGCCGGGUCACGCUGCUAUGGAGUGUGCUAUCUUUAACUCAGUGGAGCCUGGAGAGAGCGUACUCAUUGCAGUCAACGGCAUCUGGGGAGAGAGAGCUGCCGAAAUUGCAAAGAGAAUAGGUGCCAAUGUGAACACCAUUGUAACCUCAGCAGGCAGGUUCUUCACAAACAAUGAAAUCCAGCAGGCAUUAGCCAAAUAUAAGCCAGUUCUGCUCUUCCUUACACAUGGAGAGUCUUCUACAGGAGUGCUCCACCCCAUAGACGGCAUUGGCGAUCUUUGUCACAAGUAUGGUUGUUUGUUCUUGGUGGACUCUGUUGCAGCACUUGGAGGUAGUCCAAUCUACAUGGACAAGCAAGAUAUUGACAUUUUGUACACUGGCUCUCAGAAAGUCCUAAACGCACCUCCAGGAACUGCACCAAUCUCCUUCAGUGAGAAAGCAUGCCAUAAAAUCUUCAACAGGAAGACAAAACCAGUGUCUUAUUUUCUGGACCUGAACUGGCUGGCCAGUUACUGGGGCUGCGAUGGCAAACCUGCUCGCAUUUAUCAUCACACUGGACCUGUAACUGCAUUAUACAGUCUGAGAGAAGGUCUUGCCAUCCUUGCAGAGAAGGGGCUUGAAAAAUCGUGGAAACAACACAAAGAUGUGGCCGAGUACUUCCAUACAGGCAUAGAGAAGAUGGGUCUCAAGCUCUUUGUGGAGGAGAAGAAAGCAAGAUUGCCCACAGUUACUACAGUAGUAGCACCACCAGGUUAUGACUGGAAAGAAAUCACAGGCUUUAUUAUGAAGAAUUGCAACAUAGAAAUUUCUGGAGGUCUUGGGCCAUCAGUUGGAAUGGUACUUCGUGUGGGUCUGAUGGGCUGUAACAGCAGAAAGGACCAUGUAGACAUGAUUUUAGAGGCUCUUUCUGAUGCACUGAAACACUGCCACAAAAGUAAAGUGUAACAGCACAUCUUGUGUGGCAAACAACUGUUACUAUAAAAUUAACAUAUUCAACUGUAUAAUGUCUGAAAAAUAGUCUUAAUUUGAAAUCAUUACUAAAGAAACAAGAAGUGGUCUUACACAUACAUUAUCAAGACUAUGGAUGAAAAUUUGGAGCUGUGGCAAUUAGCUCUGCUUUAUGAAUCUCCAAUAGCUCAGUUUCACAAUCUCUCUGAUAAUAGUCUUACCUAAAAUACUUUAAUAUAAUUAUUUUUAAAUAAUUAUUUUUGUUAAUCUCAGAAUUUGUAUUAAAUAUCUGCCACGAACAAAUAUUAUAUAGCUGUAUAUAGAGCUUGAAAGUUUGUGAACCCUAGUCCUAAGUCCUAAAAGCAGACUAAGUGAACCUAAUCAAACAAAUCAGAGAAAUACAUUGUUAUUCAAAAAUCUGUUCUAAAAAUAAAUAUCUGUGAGGGGUAAGUAUGUGAACAUUUAGGAUUAGUAUCUAAUUUGAAGGUAAUCUGAUUUUAAUAAAUGGAAUGACAAUCAA